AUGUUCACUUCAUUUUCAUCUUCCUCUUCUUCUUGCUCCUCUGAUGAUGAGUCUAAUGAUGAAUAUAUGGUCACACUUUUGGGGGCUUAUGAGAUGAAUAAUGCUAGUAUGCUUCAGAUUCUGCAGUCAAGUGAUAGCUCAAAGAAAAUAGGCGGUUCUGAUGUAGGCCAUAAGUACAUACGCCGCAAUAGAAGGCAGGGUCAUGAGAGAUUGUUUGCAGAUUAUUUUGUGGCAAAUCCAGUGUAUUCACCUACAAUGUCGUCCUUUGUAUCUGCGAAUUUUGAAUCUAUGAGAAUAUUGUCAUAUGGAGUGGUAGCAAAUGCAGUUGAUGAUUAUAUACGUAUCGAAGAAAGCACUGCAAUUCAAAGUUUGCAACAAUUUUGUAAUUUAGUGAUUGAAAUCAUUGGACCAGAAUAUCUGAGAUCUCUAACACCAACUGAUAUUACAAGAUUACUUGCUAUUGGGAAGGUUCAAGGGUUUCCGAGUAAAGCUCCCCCUGUCCAUUACACUAUUAAUGGACAUAGUUAUAAUAUGGGUUAUUACCUUGCUGAUAGUAUAUACCCUCAAUGGGCAACACUGGUUCAAACAAUUUCUUCUCCCCAAGGAGCAAAGAAACAACAUUUUACAAUGAUGCAAGAGUCUGCAAUGAAAGAUGUAGAGCGGGCAUUCGGAGUGCUUCAAUCUCGAUUUGUAAUUAUAGGUGGUGCUGUACGUUUUUGGGAUUCGAAAAUGCUUGCGAACAUAAUGAAGAGUUGCAUUAUAUUACAUAAUAUGAUUGUCGAAGAUGAGAGGGAGGAGCACCUUGAUUUCAAUUAUGAACUUUCAUCAACCAACGCACCAGUGCAACUUUCCUCUACUCCUACCAAUGACUUCUAA